AUGACUGAUUCAACAAACAUUGUGAAACGUUUAGAAGAAAUUGGAUGUCAAGGUCUUUCUAGCUUUGAGGUCGAUCGAAAUAAAAUUAAAUGGCGAAACGACUUCGAGCAUCUCAAGAAGUUCGUUCAUGAUUGCCUUGGAAUCAAUGGGAAAUGGUCUUCUCCUGGCGGGGGAGCAAAACGUUUUAAAGCACAAGACGACAAUUUCAGCAUAAACUGGUAUUUUAAGAAGCAGUCAACGCUACUUUUCCAGGGAUGUUUAGGAGACGUUUUUAAGAACAAAAUAAUAGAGCUACUUAGCGAAAAAACACAGAAGAAUGGCGCUGUCGAAACCGUAGGGGAUUCUGUGAUUCAAAAUCAAAGUCAAAACGAAGUCAUCAGUGUCAGUGAAACGACCCAAGAGAGCUUUCUGAACACAUCUGACGAUAUUUCCCAAAACAAUCCAUGCAAGGAUUCAAACAUCUGCCAGAAAAGUCAACCUACUUCUACCGUAUGUGGUUGUAACUGCAAAUCAUUGGCAACAGAUAUCGCAGGUAUUCAACUUGAUAUGAUAAUUCUACAGAACCGUGUUGAGGGAAUGAUUAAUGCAAAGACUAACAUUUCUCCAAACGAAGAAGUAAUGGCGAAGCUCCAGCUUGAACUUAAACAACAACAACACAGAAAUCAAAUGCUUGAAGAUCGUGUAAAAGCAGCUGAACAAGAGAGAGACUCGCUCCUCUUAGCUUUAAAGCUCCUUACACAAGAUCAACGCCAUUCCCAUGAAAAACAAAUUAAUGCUAAUGACCGGGAUGACUUUCAACAACCGAAUCGAGAUACCCAUGCAAUCCCGCUUAAAAAUCAAUUCUCUUCUCUUGCUGUCGAGGAGACAAGUGAAAGCGUAUCUGCUUCAACGACAAACCUCGAAAAUCAAUCUACAAGGAAGCGUGUUAAAGAAGAAAUUGUUCUUAUUGGUGAUUCAAUAGUGAAACACAUCGACCCUCGAAAACUUACAAAGAAAAAAGUUUAUAAAUUUACAUACCCAGGGAAAACUGCCGAAGAUAUUGAAAAGGAACUUAACAUUAUUAAUAUUCAAUCAUCUCCCUCCCACGUAAUUGUUCACGCUGGGACAAACAACAUUCCGAUAGACUCAACCAAAGUAUGUUCGAAGAAAUUAGAAAGGCUUGUUAUCAAAACCAAAGCAAAAUUCCCUAAUUCAAAAGUUGGUUUAUCUGGAAUCACGUUUAGACAGGAUAUAGAACAAGCAACUAAAAUACAGGAAGUCAACAAGAAACUCGAAGAAAUGGCUGCAAAGCACGAUGUUAUGUUCAUUGAUAACUCUUCCAUUGAUCACACAUGUUUAAAUGGGAGCAAUAUACAUCUUAACGGCAAAGGUUCAGCAGUCCUGGCCUCACAUUUUAUUACCUUUCUGAGAGGAAAUCAACCCCGUGUUGUUCAAGACACGACUCGUUCUGAGAAGGAUUUUCGUAUGGCAACAAUCAAUCAAAUAGGGGACAUGUUGAAAGCGAUACUCGUGGGGAACUCUCGCAAAAUUCGACGAUAA